AUGGAUAAUCAAGAGUUAACUUAAAAGUUAAACUAACUCAGUAAUGAAAAUGAAAAUCUUGAGUCUAAUUAAUCUUCAAGAGUUUUAUUGCUAAUUUUUGAUGCUAUUGAAAACUUUGAAUAUAAAUAUUACAAAAUAGCAGGCUGCUUAUAUGUAAUUAUAGUCUCAGCUGUUCUUACAUUCAUUUUGACUAUGAGAGAUAAACAUUUUAGGUAGAAUGUUUAUUUAAAUUAUUUUAAGUACAUUACCAAAUUUAGAGCUAAUAUUUAUAUCUGUAUUACUUAUGUUUUGUGCAAAUUUUAAAAUGAUUAGUCAAAGCAAUAUUCUUCCAUAUAUAUAAGAGAAUGGAUUAAAUUGGAAAGUUAAACAUGCAUGUAUCAAUUCAAUAUAAUUUAAGCACUUUCCUUAAUUAUUGCUUUAGUAUUAUUGAUAUGCUCUUUAAAAUAAAAUGAUAAAUUUGUCUCCGUUUUCUUCUUUGUAAGUGUAUGGCCUUUGAAUUAUGUUUAUGAAAACCUUAGAUAUAAAUAAGCAUUAAGAAAAGAGCUCCUUUUACCAUUUUGUGGUAUAUUUAUUGGAGCUGCAUUUUCUACUGAGACUCUUUAAAAAUUGGCUUCUAAUCCAGAGGUCUUAUAAUUUAAUGGAAUAAUAUAUUCUAUUAUAGGAGGAUUGUUCUUAUGUUACUCAGCAGAUUGCUUUAAGAAAGUUGAUAGUGAAAAUCUUUUUACAAUUACUCAUGUUAUAGGAUUAAUGACUAUAAUUUUUAUUCCUUUAUUCUUUCCAAUUGAAGGGUAUUAAGUAUUAAAUAAUUAAUAGACUUGUUUAACCAGGUUUGAAAGAAUGGAUAUUCUUUGUUAUUGUAGGUGUUCUUCUAAUAGUGGGACUUCCAAUUAUGAUUAGAACAUUUGCUAUAGAAACUGCAACAAUUACUUUAGCAUAAUUGGGUUGGUGUUUUCCAUUUUAUAUAUUUUUUAAGUUUCUCUUUGGAUGUAUAAAUAUAUAUAUAUAAAGUACAAAUUCCAUCAUUUGGAUAACUUUGUGGAGUUGGAUUAUAGAGUUUAUGUUCGAUAUUGAUUAUUAAAUAUCUGAAUAAAUAAGAGAAUAAGACUUAGAAAGUACUAAGAAAAGGAUAAUCUGAAACAAAUAAAGUAGUUGAAUUAUAAACCCUAACAUAAUAAGCAUGAA